UUAGUAGUAGUUAUUUAACAAACUACAGCAGUAAAAUUGAUUACUGAUAAUAAAUACGAUACUAAUGAGUGCUCGUAUAAUUAAGACUAUCAAUAUUAAAAAUCUCUCACACACAAGCACACACAGAUAUAUAGACUAUUUAGACUUGAGACUCCACACUCUUUUCAGAUCAAAGCUCCAAAACCUCUACCAAUGGCGAAAUCUCAGUCGGCGUUGGUGGAGCCGGUGUACUCGUCGGCGAUUGCGCUGCUGAUUAUAGUGAUGGCGUGCAUCGAGCUCUGCGACGCCGUCGCCGUCGUAGAUGUAUACCGCCUCGUGCAGUACGAUCUGGCCGGCGUCCCGUUUGGAUCCAGACUAGCCGCCCUCAACCACCACGCCGCCUCUUCUCUCUUCUCAUCCUCCGCCGCCGCCGGUGCAGCUGCCGAUCUCUCCCGCACCGUCCUUAUACUCCCCGUCCGCGACUUGAAUCUCACUUUCAUCAGAGAAUAUAUCGAGGAGAAGAAGCCAUUAGGUGGUUUAUUGCUUCUACUUCCCCAGGUUUUCAAUCCACAAAACAUAGAUAGCAAGGAUGAAGCAGGUCAUGAUUCUUCAGUAGGCAUCAAGAAAGUGUUGCUUGAACUGGAACGGUUGCUUUUACAUGCAAACAUCCCUUAUCCUGUGUACUUCGGUUUUGAGGACGACCAUGUCAGUGCUGUCCUUGCUGAUGUCAAGAAGAAUGAUGCUACUGGUCAGCUGGCUACUGCCACAACUGGCGGAUACAAGCUUGUUGUUGCUGCCCCUGAACCUAAGAAAAUUGUGUCUCCAACUAUAGCAAAUAUUCAGGGUUGGCUGCCGGGACUGAGAGCUGAUGGAGAUUCAAAUCAACUUCCUACCAUAGCUGUUGUGGCAUCAUAUGAUACAUUUGGGGCUGCACCAGGAUUAUCUGUGGGAAGUGACAGCAAUGGAAGUGGUGUUGUGGCACUCCUAGAAGUAGCUAGAUUGUUUUCAAUUUUAUAUUCAAAUCCUAAGACAAGAGGAAGGUAUAAUAUACUCUUUGCGCUGACAUCUGGAGGGCCUUAUAACUACAAUGGGACACAUAAGUGGCUUCAUAGUUUGGAUCAACGCUUGCGCGAGACUAUUGAUUAUUCUAUUUGCUUGAAUAGCAUUGGUUCUAUCCGUGAUGAGUUAUGGAUCCAUGUGUCUAAGCCUCCAGACAAUGUCUACAUCAAACAAAUCUUUGAGGGUUUCUCUAGUGUGUCUGAAGAACUUGGGCUUAAAGUUGGGCUGAAGCACAAGAAGAUUAACAUUUCUAAUCCUCGGGUUGCAUGGGAGCAUGAACAAUUUUCGAGGCUGAGAGUUACUGCCGCAACACUGUCCGAGCUUUCUGUCGCACCUGAUUUUCUAGAAAGUGCUGGAGGUCUGUCAGAUAGCAGGCAUUUUGUUGAUGAAGAUUCAAUAACUAGAAGUACAAAAUUAGUUGCUGAAAGUCUCGCAAGGCAUAUUUAUGGCCAGGAGGGAAAAAACAUUGAUAUAUUUGCAGAUGAUAGUAGCUUAUCUGUAAAUCCUUCUUAUAUACAUUCAUGGUUACAAUUUUUGUCAACGACACCCCGAGUGGCUCCAUUUCUUUCCAAGAAUGAUCCUCUUAUCAUGGCACUGAAAAAGGAAUUAGAAGAUCACACUGCUGAGGUGAGAGUGCAACACGAAGUACUUGAUGGGAUGUUCACUUUUUAUGACUCAACAAGCGGCAGAUUACAUAUCUAUCAGGUCGCAAGUGUGACUUUCGACUUACUUUUGCUGCUGGUUCUCGGGUCUUAUCUUAUUACUCUAUUUAGUUUUUUGGUUAUAACUACAAGGGGUCUUGAUGAUCUGAUCAGUCUAUUUCGUCGCCCCACCUCCCGCAAAGUGAAGACAGCUUAACUGUUCUCUCACAAAGAAUUUGGUUAGUCCCGGCAGCCCCCCUUCCGUAGUUUGAUUAACGCAGCAUAGAUCUCGGAUGGACCUGCAGCGCCUGCUCACUCGUUCGCAUCUUUAAGCAAUUCAGCAUGUUUCACAUCUCUCGUUAAUUAGUCCCUCAAUCGUUUGUUUUAGGGGAUAGACUAAUGUAGAAAAAAUUUUGUUUAGACCGCCAUCGUACUCAACGGAAAUCAGGAGCUCCCAUGUAAUUGUAUGCUGAAUAUUUUUGUUUAGAUGUGGAUGGAGCAGAUAAUUUUUUCUGCUAUUCUGUUUAAAUGAGAUUGAAAUUAACUUUCA